GAUACAUUUUUAAAUAUGAAAGAAGAAUUGAAUAUUCAGAAUAAAGAUUCAGAAGUACUACUGAAUAUUCAAGAUAAAAAGUUUAAAGAACUAUUAACGUAUGAUAGUGCAGAAGAUUUCUCUGAUGCAGAUAGCAAAGUUUUCCAAAAUUGGAAUCAUGCUUCAAAAUUUAUGAAAAAGUAUGUUGCUAUCAAGGGUUAUAGAAUACGAAUUGGCGGCAGUAAAAGGAUAGAUAAAACGGCGUUUACAGAAAAUCAGCGUUUAAAUGCAUCAUCGUGUAGAGUUGAGUGCCUAUGGAAACAUAUUGGUCAUAAAUUUUAUUCAUCAGCAGUUCGAUUUGUUCCAUUAUUAUGCAAAUUACUGGAGAAAGUUAUUCAAGAGAUUCAUUUUUUAACCGUUAUUGCCAAAGCAAAUGCAACAAUUCACAAGUUUCAUUGUGAAGUGACACCAGGUGAAGCAGACACUGAGAUUUUACUAAGAAGAUUAUAUGAUAAAAAGACAGAAGACUUACGUUGA